UCCUUACUGUGAACCGCAGAGUGAUGUCACUGUGACUCGCGACAGCGUUGAAGUGGAAACGAUAAAAAACAGCAGUUUAUUGAUAAGAAGACCGAGGCUCAGUGGCUGUAUAUUAGAGGCUGCACUGGAAGCUGUCCUGCACUUGUUGAGUUCACAAUAGUGCAGUGGCUUCGCUCUAUUUAAAGAGGCAACAACAUGGCACACGCUGCAGCCAGGAGAGAGUCCGUGGACACUGAAACCUGCAGGUCUGAGGCCCCGGGAAAGAGCUUUGUGUUCACCAAGAAAAGAGGCUACGAUGUCACCAGAAGCCCCCUCCUCAACAAGGGUAUGGCUUUCUCCCUGGAGGAGCGCCUUCAGCUGGGCAUCCAUGGUCUGCUGCCUCCCUGCUUCAUUAGCCAGGACGUCCAGGUGCUGCGAGUACUCAAGAACUAUGAAAUGAAGAGAGACGACUUGGACAGAUAUGUGUUCCUCAUGGGUCUCCAGGACAGGAAUGAGAAGCUCUUCUAUCGCGUGUUGACAUCGGACAUCGAGAGGUUCAUGCCCAUCAUCUACACCCCCACUGUUGGCCUGGCCUGUCAGCAGUAUGGCCUGAUAUUUAGGAAACCAAGGGGGCUUUUCAUCACUAUUCAUGAUCGUGGCCACGUGGCAUCCCUGCUCCAAAAUUGGCCAGAAAAAGACAUCAAGGCAGUGUGUGUGACUGACGGAGAGAGGAUCCUGGGAUUGGGAGACCUGGGCUGUUUUGGGAUGGGCAUCCCAGUGGGCAAGUUGGCGCUCUACACUGCUUGUGGUGGUGUUCCGCCCCAACAGUGUCUUCCUGUCAUGCUGGACGUAGGCACAGACAAUGAGGCACUGCUGCAGGACCCGCUCUACAUUGGGCUGAGGCAUAAAAGAAUCCGAGGCCAGGCCUAUGACGAGCUGCUGGAUGAAUUUAUGAAUGCCGUCUCUGAUAGGUACGGGUCAGACUGUCUGAUUCAGUUUGAGGACUUUGCCAAUGUAAAUGCUUUCCGUCUGCUGAGCAAGUAUCGCAACAAGUACUGCACAUUCAACGAUGACAUCCAAGGUACAGCUGCUGUGGCAGUAGCUGGGCUCCUGGCUGCUCUUCGUAUCACCAAAACCAAAAUGUGUGAUCACACCAUUGUGUUCCAAGGAGCAGGAGAGGCAGCAAUGGGAAUCGCAGAGCUUAUCACCAUGGCCAUGGAGAAGGAGGGACUGCCAAAGGAGCAGUGCUUGAAAAAGAUCUGGAUGGUUGACUCCAAGGGUCUCAUUGUCAAGGGUCGGGAUAGCCUGACUCACGAAAAGGAGAGGUUUGCUCAUGAACACCCACAGAUGAAGAAACUGGAGGAUGUCGUACAGGAACUGAAGCCCACAGCUAUCAUUGGUGUGGCAGCUGUUGCCGGAGCCUUCUCUGAACAGAUAAUCAGGGACAUGGCGUCCUUCAAUGAACGUCCAAUCAUCUUUGCCCUCAGCAACCCCACCAGUAAGGCUGAGUGCACUGCUGAGCAGUGCUACACCUUCACCGAGGGGCGGGGCAUCUUUGCCAGUGGUAGUCCAUUUGACCCAGUCACACUCCCUGAUGGCAGGACGUUCUACCCCGGACAGGGGAACAACGCCUACAUCUUUCCUGGUGUUGGCCUUGGAGUCAUAGCGUGUGCUGUCAGACAUAUUAGUGAGGAGGUGUUCCUUGUUGCAGCCGAGGCUCUUGCUCACCAGGUGACGGAGAAGGAUCUGGCAGAAGGAAGACUGUAUCCUCCUCUCUGCUCCAUCAGGAACGUCUCUCUCAACCUGGCUGUAAAGAUUAUUGAAUAUGCUUAUGAACACAACGUGGCCACACUUCACCCAGAGCCCUCUGACAAGGAAGCGUACGUGCAGUCACUGAGCUACAGCACUGACUAUGAGGAGUUUGCCGUGGACUCAUACCGCUGGCCGGACGACACUGUGACUGUGCAGUCAUGCAAACUUUAAUGCACGGGACACAGACAAGGAAGCAAAGUUUUGAACAAUAUUUUCUCAAGAACCAAUGAUGUAAUAUAAAGAGUAGCACUUGGUUGUCUAUAUAUAUAUAUUAUAACUGCACUUAAAAUGUUGUUAUCCUUUAAAAAAAAUAAAUAAUAUAUACAUAUAUGAAAAUACUAUCUUGGGUUAAAUUUUGUUGCAUACUAGUAGGAAUACAAAGUAUGUUAUGACUUUGACUAAAAUUCAUCUUAUUUUGAUUUUUACAAAUACAGAAUCCACAUGCAUUUGGACUUUGGGUGAGUAUUAGGUCAUUUCCAUUCAUCUUUAUAUAUUUUUUGUCUUACUAUUUGUGAAACAUCUGUUUAUACAAUUAUUAGGUUUAAUAAGUGGUAUGCUGGUGUAUUUAAUCCAUCGUAUGGUGCUUUGGCUCCUUCAAGAGGUCAACCUCUAUUACUGCAGUUAAACAAGAAAACUCUCCCUCGAGAAUCAUGUUCUUAAUUCCCUUGCUUGAAAACAACAACGAUUCCCUGUCUAUCUGUUUUGAUUUAUAUGUAAACUAAAUGUAAUAAAACCAAACAGAUUUUAAUAUUUGUGAAUCAGUCACAACCAGACAGUCAGUUCUAGAUGCCUUGAUCUGCAGUUCUACAGCCAGCCUUUAUAUGAAAUCAACACAGACACAGUCAGAUCAGUCAGUGCUCAGUGACGGGUGUCUGUCUGUGAAAGACAACGCUGUCCUCCCUCACUUUUUUUCCUCUCACCCUCGGGGUGACCAAUACUCUGACACAACAAUUAGUCUCCAACACCAGACUGUCUGUGCCACAUGUUGUCACGGUUUGAACUUGUUCCUGUAUAUUUACUAAUUUUCACUCUGUUAACUCAGACACUGCACCUAUAUUUGGGGGAUGGUGAGACCCUUUGACCUCUGUGUAAACUGGGAAACAUUGUAUGAAUUGUUUUAUUUGAAAUAGUUUCAGCAUAUUUAUUUCUGAAUGUCUGAAUCAUUACUCUGUUAUUGACUUGGGCUGAGAUGAAUUUCACUGUGGCUGUUUUAGCAUCGUAUAACUGUUGUGCUACAAUUACAGAAUGUUGCAACAUUUGUGGAGCACACUUCUCCCCAUCUUAAAUAACAGUGAUAUGGAAGUCGGGGGCUUGAAACAAGGCAUUAAUAAUCUUGUCAUUGAAA